GGAACUCUUUGCUAAUUUCUAAAAAGUGCUGUAAUGAAGCUCUGCAGCAGAUGAUGAAGAUGAAGAUGAAGACCAGUCAUGUUGUCAUUUCACAAAUCGAAAAGGACCCGGACCCGCUGCUGCAGCAGGACGCACCCGCGGGAUUCCCGCAGAAGUUUUUCAGGCACACACAUACACACACAGCACAACACUGACAGCUGUCGGGCUCGGAAGUUGCCUGCGUCGUCACGCACUCUGCCAAUCCUCAGGACUGUGGUUGAAAGUUAUGGGUUUGACGCUGGUUGUCACACAACAGACUCGCACAAUGUUAAGGAGAGCCGGCGCUUUCUGCGUGUGUGGAAAAUGAUUGCAGCCAGCAGCGACCUUUGCAUUAUGGUGAGGAGAUGUCUUCUCACUUUCAAACCGUUCAGGAUCUUUGUGGUGGGGAUUGGCUUCUUCAGCUUGUGCUUUCUAAUGACGUCCCUCGGGGGCCAGUUCUCGGCCAAGAGACCCGGAGAUUCCCCCUUCACGGUGCGAGCCGAAGUGUUCGGUGGCCAAGAAUCUCGUGGGGUGCUGAGGAAAAUCAGUGAAAUGCUGGAGGUCAUUAUGAAGAGGAUGGAUGCUCUGUCUAAACUGGGUAACACCACAGACAGCCACAGGCUGGAUGAGCUCAGCUCGGCCCUGGACAGGAUUCAGCCUAUAGGACUAUUGGAGCGGAUUCAGACCAUAGCCCAGAACAUGUCUGACAUGGCAGUAAGGGUGGAGCAGAUCCUGCAGCGCAGCAUGGCCAGCGACCGAGUCAAGGAUGGAACAUUAGGACAAUGUGAGAUUCCUAAAGAUCCCCGCUAUCCGGACUGUCCCAGCAAGAUGAAUUGGAUGCGCGCUCGUUGGACCUCAGACCCUUGCUAUACCUUUUAUGGUGUGGACGGCUCGGAUUGCUCCUUCCUCGUCUACCUGAGCGAGGUGGAGUGGUUCUGCCCCCCACUGGCCUGGAGGAACCAGACAGCUACACCCACCUUGAAGCCUCCGCCCAAGAGACAGGCUGUCUUCCAGUCUGACAUCGGGGCUCUGCUGGAGCAGGUGGGCGCAGGGAAGGAAUCACUGAGCUUCAUGAAGAGACGCAUACGCAGAAUGGCAGCACAGUGGGCCUCCGCUGCUCGACGGCUGGAUGACAAGCUCCGCAACCACUGGAGAGAGCAGAAAAGGAUUCUAGUUCAUGUGGGCUUUCUGACGGAGGAGUCUGGGGAUGUCUUCAGUCCCAAAGUGCUGAAGGGGGGUCCUCUGGGUGAGAUGGUGCAAUGGGCCGACAUCCUCACAGCCCUCCACGUGCUGGGACACAACGUCAAGAUCUCGGUUUCCCUCAAGGAGCUGCACGGGUCUCUGGGGGUCCCUCCAGGAAGAGGAAGCUGUCCUCUAACAGGACCUCUGCCCUUUGACCUCAUCUACACCGACUACCACGGCUUGCAGCAAAUGAAGCAGCACAUGGGUCUGUCACUGAGGAAGCACAACUGGGCAGAACUGGAGCAUUGUUAG